AUGUAAUAGAGAUAGUCUCAUAAAAAACUGCCAUCAGAAGUCAUUCAUUCCAAUAACUAUUAUAUUACACCAACAUCACUUAAAUCAUCUUAGACUUCAGCCUCGAGUUAGGAGAGAAAGAAGGUUGUUUCUACUAAGAAUGUUGAUUAAUUUGAGUAGAUUUACAAUUCCGAAAAGCUUUUGAAAACAAAUCAAUAAAACACUACUUAUUAAUCUAAUUUUUAAUUACAAUAGGCAUUACAUUAUUCUGAAUAAAACAAUCAAAAUCUAUCUCGAUAUCAUUAAUAAUUAAUUUAGAAUAAUGUAGAUCUUUAAAGUCUUUAUAACAAAUCAGAAGCAUAAAAUAAAAAAUUAUAAAAUGAGUUAAAACUAUUUCAAAAUAGAAUUUCACUAAAAGAAAGCGAAUUAAAGUAGGCUUAAGAAAAUGGAGUUUAAUAUAUGAGGGAUAUUACAUAAUUAAAGAUUUCUGUAUAGAAACUUAAUUCUACGUUGACUAAAAUGAAUGAAGAAAAUUCAUUCUACAAGGAGCAAUUUAAUACUACUGAAACUUAGAAUGUACUCGUUGGUUAAGGAUUAUCCAGCAGAAAAGAUUUGGAUUAGCAAGGCGAGUUCAACUUGAAUAGAUCAAAGUAAUCUUAAAAUUCUCGGUAAUAAUCAUAAAGCUUUUAAAAUAACUCUUCAUCUACUAACGAUAAUAUUUAGAAGUAUUAAAAUUAAAUCUUGCAAUUCUAAAGGGACUUAGCAGAAAAAAAUCAAUUAAUAGUAGGUUUGUAGCAGCAAGUGAAAAAUUUGACAGACUUUUAACGAUAGUUAAUUACCAAAACAUCAAAAAAAUAACACAAUAAAGGAUUAAAAAAACAAAGUUAUACAAGUCCUCUGCAAACGCCCAUUUAUAAAGUGCAAAUUAAUAAUGAAAGCUAAUUAUCGACUAAUAGAAAACUUUUAAAUUUAAUUAAUGAUGAAUAUCAGAUGCCUGAUCUUCGACUUCAUAGAACCAAUUAAUCAGAUGAAUAUGAUGUUGCACCAAGUAUUAAAUCAUCUAUUACAAAUCGAAAGAGCAAACAGUAAUUACAAUAGAUUUAUAAGAAUAUUAAUUAAUCUACUAUAUACACUGCUGGUUUAUAUUCCAGUUUGUUAGAUUACUAAUAUUUAUCAAAUAGUAAAUUAUUGAGUUCUUCAUGUUCUAAAGAUACAUUAUAACAAUGA